GCAGAUUUUGUAAAGUCACUGGGCGCUCAGAAAGAUACAUCACAAGGAAGUGGCUCGGGAUAAAGCGACCCUUAAACUGCCUGGAAAACAGGUCAGCUGGUAGAGAGGCGGGAGGAAGAGGACAGAGCCGAAGCACUGCUGUCAUAAGCAGUUAACGUUAGCUUAGUUUGUGGAGGAGAGGGACGUUACUUUGACAGUUAAAAGGCAGCGGACGGUCGCGCGCACAGAGAUGGAGCUGUCGGCGAUUGGAGAGCAAGUGUUUGCCGUGGAGUCAAUCCUCAAAAAAAGAGUUAGAAAGGGGAAUGUGGAGUAUCUGUUAAAGUGGAAAGGAUGGCCUCCAAAGUACAGUACAUGGGAACCAGAAGAACAUAUCCUGGACCAGCGCUUGGUGCAGGCCUAUGAGGAAAAGGAGCAAAGAGACAGAGCUCUGGGCCAUAGGAGAAGAGGAUCCAAAGCCAAAAGACUUCUCCUACAGAACACAGUCUACACUAUGGAUCUCCGCAGUGCUCACAAGACUCCAGAGACUCCUCCCCCUCGUCUUCGUCUCUCUUUGACUCGCUCUCUGGUCCCCAGUGAUGAGGAUCAGUCAUACGAUGCCUGCAGGAAGGACCCACAACCACAACAGGCACAUCGAAAAAGCAAACCUGGGAGGUCAAAGUUUAAGUGCCUUGACUCCAAUCCUCCAAGUCCUACACAAGAAGACUGGGAAGAAGAAGAGGAUGAGGAGGACAAUGUAGAGGAUGAAGAUGGCAUGGAGGAGGAGGAGGAGGAGGAGGAGGAGGAGGAGGAGGAGGAGGAGAGGGGGAAAGAAGAGGCAAAAGAAGAGAGCAGAGGACGAGAUAGGACAGACAGUUGGAGCUCCACUAUCGGACCGGACGAGCUUGCCACAUCAGAGAGGUCAGACAACGACGCCUGGAGGCCAAUCAUCGGUGUAGGGGAGGUGACGGUCACAGACGUCACCCUCAACUCCCUCACAGUGACUUUCAGGGAGUCCAGAGUGGCCAAAGGCUUCUUCAGAGACCUGGGCCUGGAGGUCUGAUAGAAAAGAGUAAAGUGGUGGGGAGGAGCUGUCUAGAGCCAGCUUUGGGAGCGGAUUCUCCAUUUGAGGCUUUUCACUCGGCUCUUCCUCUUUACCAGAUACUCCCAGCCUGGUCAGUGGUACGUUUACAUGCACAGAGUCAAUGUGUUAAUGACCCUGAUAAAGUCAUUUUGAAGUUUAAAUGUUCAUGUUUGAAGUGUGUUACUGUUGAAUAAUAUUGGAGAUAACAGGUUACAAAAUAAUCUGUAAGUAAUCCGUUACCUAUUGAGUUUGUUGGUUCAUUGGUUAAUAACAUUAGUUCUGCAUUUAAAGUAAUACGUUAGUUACUUUUUCAGAAAAGUAAUCCAUUACAGAAAAAAGGCUGUAUGUCCUUUUCCCGUUUCUCACCACAAAAAGAAAAAAUCCCCAGAGUAUGUGUAUCAUUUUGGUAUCUUUCCCACUCAUUCACUGUGUACCUGCAGAAGGUAAACCUACAGUUGUGCCAGUGUUCCUACAUAGCUGAUUCAGCCAGAGCUGUCAGAGUAGGUAGCAAUUGCUUUGCAGAUAUGUUUGUAAUAUGUCAAUUAUUGAACGAAAGGGACUAGUGCAACAUUAUGAAACUCAAGUUGAGCAGCUCAUGUUGCAUUGUUUUUAUUAAAACAGCUGUGAUAGUAGUCUUUUUAGCUGCUUGAAGACAGAGUGAGCAGUGAAGACUGGUCAUUGUUAUUCCUGAUAUUAGGCUGAAGAGUUACAGGUUAUGGGCCGCACACUUGGUCGUAGAAUGACAGAGGAGUUGACAUAUUAAAGAGAGGCUUACGUUUGGCAUACUACCUUUGUCUAAACAACACCUGAUGUUUUUUAGUCGUCUAACAGAACUCAAAUGCAGUAUUUUUUCAGUAUAUAAUGCCAUGAUGUAACAAGUUACUUUUGAAUGGCAGUAAUCUUGCAAAAAAAGUUUCUUUUAACUUUACCUUGAGCUGGGAGAUGUGGCCUGAAAGUUAAAUCUCAGAUGACUUGAAACCAAAACCAGUUCAUAGUUCUUAUCAAUUAUUUCCUGUUUAAAAAUAAAUAACUAAGAAUGAAAAAGAAAUGACUCAAAAAAAGUUUUGCUUUUAUUGUAUUUGUAAUAUUUAACAAAAGUGAGAUGAAAUCCCUUUAGGAGAUAAAGUGUUUUAAGUUUUAUUGAAGUUAUCCAAAUAGAAUAUGAUGCAAAGCAGGCCAGUCAGACAUUUAUACAGAAGGGGAGGGAGUACAGAGAUGUUGUCCACUUAUAAUCUUAAAUGGACAAAGAAUAUAAAGAUUUUAACGGCUGACAGAUGUCAGUGUGUGUUUUUCUGAUUGGUGAGGAAAGGGAGUAUAAACAUGCUGCUGUGCAUGUGACUCAAAUGUGGCCCAUUCUUAAGUGGCAUUUCUGACCAAAACGUAGAUUUUUAUUGUUCAGACUAUAUUUUCCACAAAUACAAACAAUCGCAAAAAUCGAUUUACUGCCAAGGCCUGAUGUUUCCCAACACUUCUGUUGGAUAAAGGUUUUACAUAGCUCAACCUGUAUGUGAUUCUAUUAAUGAAUGAGAAUACUCAUAGACAUGCAAGGAUGAAAAUUAAAGCCAAAAAAUUAGUUUUACACUAAGGAGACAAGGCUCCAUCAGAUUAUCUGAAAAAAACAUUAUUUUUCAGUUUAAGAGAAAAAAAGGCAACCAAAGUUGGCGAGCUAGAAGACAAAAUGUGUCCCUGUGGCUGUUUCUGGUCUCACUGCAGGUAAAUAUUGGUUCUAAAUUCACUAUGCUAGCUAAGUGACACCUGUGGAUUCCUCGCAGUCCAAAAAACUGAAGUUUCUCUAGUGUCUACUUAGAAAAACAAGAAAUCUUCAUUACAUUUCUUGGUAAAAUUCCCUUUUCACACAGCAGAAAGAAACGUUUACAAUCUGGUACAGAAAUGGUUCUGAUCUGAAUAGCUCACUUGUUUAUUCAUACAUACUGUAAAAGGGUUGAUUUUUUUUUAAAUAGCUCAUACAGUUUGGUAAAGAUGGCAUUCCAAAUCUAACAAUGGCCAUCAUUCAGCUUGGAAACACCGCUUCAGAAACAAACAGGCGAGUCACAGAGACAACAUUCAUGUUUGACACAGUCUGUGUCCAUGACUGCCAACUUUGGGUCAUUGGUCAUUUUGCAGCCACUAGAAAAGCACAACAAAUACAUAACUUAACACACAACUGGUCAUUAAAAUGCUUCUCAAUAGCACUCUGCAGGGUAGCUUUAAAAAAGAUAGACAUUCAUGCACUUAAACUUUUAUAUCCUCUUAAACUUGAUUAUGUUGCAGUUGUAAAAGCUUUGGAAAUACAGUUUUCAUAAAUAAAUAAAUAUUGGUAUAUGAAGGGCCUAACUGCAUUAAGUAAAUUUUCUUUGUGUUUAAUGAAAGCUACAGAUGUUUUCAGUCUAGUAACUGAUGUUUUUCUGAGGAGGAGGAAGAUGAAAAGGAGAUCUCUGUGCAUGUAAACCAGACCACUGCUUCUUCCACACUGAGCUCUAAACUCAUACGUACAGUAUAGUACAGUAAAUACUCCAAACUGCAGUGGAUUGGGUGUAGCUGUCGGUCCCAUACUAACACAGUGCUGUACCUGUAACCUGUGAACGCGUAGACUGUUACGACUGUACAACACGUGGCUCAGUCUUGUAUGCGUUUCAAACGUUUUUUAGUGAUGAUUUGAUCCGCCUGCAUGCCUCUCUCUCUUAGUACAAUUUUAUCAAUGCAAAGACACAUGGUGUAGUUUCCUGCCACCACUGAGCUCUUCAUCUCAAAAUACACUACAAACAACAUGCGAUGGCUGAGUAAUGUCAGAAAUCUGGAAACCAGACGAGACUCUACAAGAGUUUACCAAUGUAAAAGUUUUUCUUCCAACAGGGUAAACCACAUUAUGACAACUACAAACACUAGAACACUUCAGUGAUUUCUUACCUGAAGCAAAGGCACUGAAAUCAGUUAUUCUAAUGUAGCAGUCCCAUGCAGCUACUGUUUGAGAAGCCCACAGUCGGUGGACGAAGAGCAUCGCAUUUAGAGGAUGUAUUAUUGCAGAGUCAGACCAAAAAUCAAGCCAAGGGAUAAAAAUGUGGACAGAAAAAUAUUUUUUUUGUAGUUUUUCUGUUUACCUUUGUCAGGAUUCCUGCAAGUGGUCCAGAGUUGAACUUCUGUACAGAAUAAUUGCCUUUGGCAUGAGAAUAAUCAAAAUGUAAAACUGUACAAUAAGUGAAAUUUCAGGCUGGAACAGAUUACUCAUGUUUAUCAAUCAGCUAAUAGCUUACUGUCAUUAAUUCUUGAGAUACUGCCAUAUUAUUAGGGACAGGAAUGGCUCACAAUUUUCUAAAGUAAAAUGCCAAUCUGAGCAGUUAAACUCUUUACUCUUGCUAUAAUUCCUCUGAGGUCCCUUUACAAAUUUCAACCCAAGAUAGAGGACAAUAUAUUAACAACUCCAACCGACUAUUUACCUUUUGAUUACUAUUUACCUUUGUAGAUUAGAGGUAAUGUGAUAAUAGGGGACUGUACAUUUUGUCUCAUUUUGGCAAAUUUAAAGGAAACUUCAUUUGAUGCUAUUUAAAGAAGCAAUGCUUUAUUGAAGUUUCAAUGCUUGUACAGGCACCCAAAUAUUUUUCUUAGUUUUGAAAAAAAAGAAGCAAAAGAUGACAGUGAUUACAGAAUCUCAAAGUGGACAUACAUCCUGUAUUUCCGUUUUUUUUUUUUUUUCUGUGACUUUAUUUCCAGUCAGUUUCUAAAGAUCUUGACUUAUUGUCUUUCAGGAACAGCGCUGAUUUUUCCAUGACGAGUUGAUCUCUUGAUUUCUCAAGAAAACAAAAUGAAUCUCAAAAAACAAACAGUGUUAUCCCUAGUUAAUGAAAUGCGUGAGUCAAGACUUGAGAAAACAACCAAAAAUGUAAUUUUAACUCCUGAUUAAUCAUCUGCAAAGCAAGGUUUUACGAGUAUUUUCCCUGUUUUCACUGAUCCAUGUUUGCUGGCUUCAGAUUUCAUUUUCCUAGCACAAUACUAUCAUUAUGAUUAUUUCUUUUUUUCUUUGUGGCUGUUGACCAAGCAGCAACCUCUGGGUUUGCAAUAAUGAUGACAGUGCAAAUACAAAAAGAUUCAGUUCAGCAGCAAAUCCCAUAAAGUCACAUAUUAUAGGUUGUUUGCAGAUGACAUCACGUCACAGCGUAGAACUACAGGAUGGGGGCAGGAACUGAUUCUGCAUGGAGAAGCACUAUCAAAAUACCAAAGUUUUGCGGCUCUGCUUACUGUCAGAUUGUGGCAAACAAAGCAGUUUGAGCUACUUUUGAGUCCUGAUGUUGUGAAACAGGAAAGAAGUUUCAAAAGCCCAUGGAGAAACUAACCUGAGCCACCAGAUAGACCAUUUCAUUGCAUGGAUGAAUGAAUAGACAGAUAUUCUGUACGUCACAAUCAUGAUAGGCCAAUCAGAGUGACAAGACAAAAUGAAGUAAGAGGCAUGCACAGCUCCAGUAUUAACCUGAACUGUGCAGGCUAGCACUGCUGUAGUUUAUGAAAGCAGCAGAGGUUGUUGGUGGCAAAGAUUCAUGCCGAAGCCUAUCGAGAGACUUGCAAAACCAUCUUCUCCACCAAGAGAAGCUUUCAGUGUGGCUCUUUGCUUGUUUUGAUAAAGAAAUAAGGUCUAGUUCUGCUAAAACUGCUGCUAUUCUAUAGAAACAUCCAAGCUAAUUGUUACAGCAGUAGGAGCCAUCUUAUAGACUGGCUUACAGUACAAAUUAGCCCCACUCACAAUGAUCGCAAACAUGCCGAGUCUUACCGUGAGAAGUACAAAAACACCUUCUCCACCAAGAGAAGCUUUCAGCUGAGCUCUUUGCUCUUGUUAUGAUAAAGAAAUGAGGUCCAGUUCUGAUCAAACUGCUGCUAUUCUAUGGCUACAUCUGAGCUGACUGCUAAACCGGUGGUAGCUACUGCUAUUGGCUCACAGUACAACUAAACCCCACCCGUGGCCUCCGCCUCGUUCUCCUCUAAUUGGUCUGAGCAGUUUUCAGUUUGGCACAAAUGUCGUAGAUUGGAGUUUUGCAAGAUGGAUUUGCCUGAUGACAGACACGGGAUCUCGCAAAUCCGUCUGCUAUGCAAAGCUACAGAGAAAUGCCGACUCCACUCUAAAUUGAGUGGAGUCAGACAACGCUCACAUAUGGUCCAUUUCCACCAAGUGGUCUGGUUUGGUUCAAUAGUUUGGUACUGUAAACCCAGUUCUUGCUUGUGUUUCCACAGCUGAUGUCUGCCCAGCCUCGCUAACUGCAAUGGUAACUCCAAAUCUUUGUCAAGGGGAAAACUAGACUUGUUGAACUCAGUUCAGCUCAGUAGUAAGAGUCUAUUUUUUUGGCUCAAAAAGAUUUCUUCAUUUUGAAACCAGUUUGGGUUUUUAAAUGUGUAUUAGCAAAUGACAUAAAUGGGAAAAAGGAAACAGGCUCUCAAUGUAGUUCAUAUGAAGGAGUCUUGUAGAGCUGGCUUGUUUGCUUAGCAGUUUAUCUUUGUUUCCAUGUUUAUGACAAAACCAGGGAGAAAGGUGUUAAGGGGGGCAGCAAGCCUCUACGUUCAGUUCAAGACUCCCCUCAUCUUGUCUUCAUUCAUCUGACUUGACAUGCCAUAGGAGAUCUGCAGGACUAAGGCAUUUGUGGUAUUGAUCACAUCUACACCGGGUAGCUCAGUUAAUCCACUGAGAAAAAAAAAAAAAAACACUUUUUGUAAAACGUAGGAAACUUGUGGAAACUUUAUGAUAACUGCAGCAUGCAGGGCCAUGUAGAGCUUUAACAAAGUUUCCUCCAUUCCCAUUGAUUCUAAACUAUUCUUCACUUCCUGCCCCCCAUCUGACUUUUGCACAUCAUCUUGAUCAUGUGACUUGUACAUAGAUUUUUACAGGUACGUGUAUGGCUACUUUGAUGAUGUUUGUUUACUCAUCACAACUAAAUGGAGUAAUAUAACAUGUACAAAUAUGUCCUUUUGGGGCUCCUGUAAAUUAGCACCUAUUCAAACCACAGUCAGAUAUAUCCACAUUUCUACCCAAAUAGUCCCCUCUUGGUCUUGCAUUAUUAUCGGAUCAUGUUAGGAUUGCUAGAGGGGGAAAGCAAGUGAAUUUUUAAGAUGAACUGCAUAGCUCUAAAUAUCAAGUGACCUGGUAGGGGUUCAUUCUGCACUCUUGAAAAGGCAGUUAAUUUUCCCUCUGAGUCGAUUUAUUGGCCAAUCAAAUCCCGUGAUAUGAGUUUGCUCAGAUGUCAUUCAGUUGUAAAUUAAGAAAUUCAGAUUUUUUUUUCUUAUUUGCCUGAAAUUCUAGUGUCAUUGUCUGCUGUUGAACUCUGAUUUUAACGAAACAUUCUCACCACAAGGGUCAUAAUAAGUUUAAUAACAAUUUAUAUAUAACUUAUUGUAACAUAGGAUAAAAAUGUGAGAAGUCAGUAAAAAUUGACUUUCAAAUUUUCUGAUUGUGAUUAUAAAACAUCUGGUUAAGAUCUGAAAUUUGACAAUCUUUGCAACAAAGGUAGAAAAUUAAUCUCAAAAUCUGCAUUUUGCAGUAGAAAGUUCUGUCACAUCUGACAUUAGGGAAAUUUCAAGCUGUAUUUUGCAAGAAAAACACACUUUUCCUCUCUUUAACAGACCUGGCAACAAUCAAAUCAUUCAGUAACCAAGUGAAUAAACAAUUAGUCUUCCAUGGAGCUGGAUUAUAAAAACACACGAGUUAAAAAUGGAAAGCCCUUCUCCAUCUUCUCAGAUUACCACUUUCUAAGAAAAUAAAAGCCCAGUUUUAACCGUCUAACCCCGCUGGCUUCCUGCCUGGUGGACACAGGAGCUGAUGUGAUGUGUCACGUCUGUGGAAUCUCCCACUGAGGCAUCUCAUUGGUCAGCAAGAUGUUCAUGCUGCUCUGAUGGAUGAUGAGUCAGCGUCUCGGGAUCUCUAAACUGUCUCAGUGUGACAGUGAAGCUGCAGGGAACGGAAGUGCCUGAUGUUACAUUAUUGUGUUGUUUGUUUUGUCUGUAGGGCCCUCUGUACACACAAACAGUUUGGUUUAAAUAUGUCUGAAUGCACGAUUCACGCCUGAUGUUCUAAAGACUUGAACACUAAGGAGACUCUGAGGAGGAUAUGGUGGGGAGAAACAUGUAUUUUUGAAGUCGUUAUUUUUCUACAUUGAGCUGAAUGUAUAUUUAAUCUUUAAAUGAACCUGUGUUUGUCAUGCCAACGACUGACAGAGUAGUUUUCUACAGUUUGUGAUAACCUCUGAGCUGAUGCCAUAUUUAAAUCUGUCUGUAAAACAAGCACCUUGAUAUGACCAUGUGGCCUAUGUGGUUACUUGUGCUGCUUUCAUCCUCCACUGAGUGAAGAUAUUUGCACUUAUUGUGAUGUGAACCUGCUCCUGUCAUU